UGGGGGCGGGGGCCUUACCCCACCCUGGCACCGGCAGGCGCGGGCGGAUGGGGGGAUGUCGCCUAGAGCCCCCCGGCCGGCCCACAAACUCCCGUCCCCCUUCCGGCUCUGCCUGGACGUCCCUGCGGGCCCCGGGGCAAAGCACCCAACUUCUCCCGCCUCGGCUUCUAGCAGAAACGUGACGGGGCUGGACUUUGAUCGCCAAGGGCUCUCUGCUCUUCAGAGUCUGCUUGGAACGGGAUAAGUGGGAGGGAUGGUGCCAUCCAGGGAAGCUCUGCUGGGACCAGGCACAACUGCCAUUAGGUGCCCCAAGAAAUUACAGAACCAAAAUUGCAAGGGCCAUGGAUUGUCAAAGGGAAAAGAGCGAGAGCAGAGAGCAUCGAUCCGGUUCAAGACCACCCUCAUGAACACACUCAUGGACGUCCUUCGCCACAGGCCAGGAUGGGUGGAAGUGAAGGACGAAGGGGAGUGGGAUUUCUACUGGUGUGACGUCAGCUGGCUCCGGGAGAACUUCGACCACACCUACAUGGAUGAACAUGUGCGGAUCAGUCACUUCCGGAACCACUAUGAGCUGACCCGGAAGAACUACAUGGUGAAGAACCUGAAGCGGUUCCGGAAGCAGCUGGAGCAUGAGGCAGGAAAGCUGGAGGCAGCCAAGUGCGACUUCUUCCCCAAAACCUUUGAGAUGCCUUGCGAGUACCACCUGUUUGUAGAGGAGUUUCGCAAAAACCCAGGAAUCACCUGGAUUAUGAAGCCUGUAGCCCGGUCUCAAGGGAAAGGCAUCUUCCUCUUCCGCAGGCUGAAGGACAUCAUGGACUGGAGGAAGGACACAAGAAGCUCUGACAACCAGAAAGAUGAUAUUCCCGUGGAGAACUAUGUGGCUCAGCGUUACAUUGAAAAUCCCUACCUGAUAGGAGGCCGCAAGUUUGACCUGCGUGUCUACGUGCUGGUGAUGUCAUACAUCCCGCUGCAGGCCUGGCUCUACCGGGAUGGCUUUGCCCGAUUCUCCAACACCCGCUUCACACUGAACAGCAUCGAUGACCAAUAUGUUCACCUCACCAACGUGGCUGUGCAAAAAACAUCUCCCGACUACCACCCAAAGAAGGGCUGCAAGUGGAUGCUGCAGCGCUUCCGGCAGUACCUGGCGUCCAAACAUGGGCCCGAGGCAGUGGAGACACUCUUCAGGGACAUCGACAACAUCUUUGUCAAAAGCCUGCAGAGUGUGCAGAAGGUGAUCAUCAGUGACAAGCACUGCUUCGAGCUGUACGGCUACGACAUCCUCAUCGACCAGGACCUCAAGCCGUGGCUCCUGGAGGUCAAUGCGUCCCCAUCACUGACAGCCAGCAGCCAGGAAGACUAUGAGCUCAAGACCUGCCUCCUGGAAGACACCCUGCAUGUUGUGGACAUGGAAGCGAGGCUCACGGGAAGGGAGAAGCGAGUCGGGGGCUUUGACCUCAUGUGGAAUGAUGGCCCUGUUAGCAGAGAGGAGGGGGCUCCUGACCUGUCGGGAAUGGGAAACUUUGUGACCAACACACACCUCGGCUGCGUCAACGAUCGGAAGAAACAACUGAGAGAGCUCUUCUGCUCCCUUCAAGUUCAGAAGAAAGCUUCCAGUUGAUCCCCAGCUGCCAGGAGGAAAUCAGCCUUAGCAGGUGCCACCCAGGCCUCCCCCCCACUCCCAGAUCCCAGCACAGCACCUCACAGCAUUCGCCUCCCCUCCUCCAGCCUGGCAUCAGCUUUGCUGGCUUAGCAGCUGCAGCUUACUACCUGAAUUGGGCCCCUUGGAUACCUCCAGCCCAUCCCCAGGCAUCUUUGCACCAGGAGACAGCCAAUCACUGGGACUGGGAGAGGUUUAACCUUGACAAACUGACUUGGCAAUUAGGCCCAAAGAGAACAAAUACAGCAAGUUCUGCUACCCCCAAGAGAUCAUAUCUAAUAAAUGAGCACAGGCCCUACUUGGAGUCACUGGGCACCAGGCCUGGUUCCGGGGAUACUGUUGGCUGCAGCCAAGUCCUCCUGGCUUUGACACUUGGAUGCCGCCCAAGUCAGUGCUGAAAAGGUCCUUCAGGAGAGUUUGGAGGCUAAGGAACUCGUCUUUAAGCUGUGCUUACAGAGCAAACAGUUAUUAGAUUGUGUGUUUAUUGGGGGCCCGGGGAAGUACUGAGCCCUAAACACAUCCUCUUCUCCUUGCAAUACCCUGACGUUGCAUGUCAGGGGAACCCAUGGGGCUCCCUGACCAUCAUCUGAAAACCAGUGGGACAGGGCAUCCCCAUUUCUCAGAUGGACAAGACAGACCAGGGAGGCAGAGCUUAGUGAGGGUCUCUGCAAAGGUGCAUUUAUCUAAAGUCAGAUGGGUGACUUAAGUGCUUCUCUAGGCCUUGUGUUUGAGAUUGGGAGCUGAGCCAGAAACCGGAAAACCCUGGGCUCAUGGGCAGGACAGCUUCGGGAGUUGAGUGUGAGUAAAAAUCUGCAUUUUCACAUCUUACAUUGCUAAGCUUCCUCUUGGUUUAAGAGGGGUUGCAACAAGACUCGGGGCUGUUGGGGUAACUGCUCCAGGGGGGACUUACUCCCUCUACCACUCUGCCUGCUUCAGAGUAGUUUCUCUGGCUGCAAAUGGUUGAAUCUGACUGCCUAGGUCGAGCCCGAAGGGAAGACUUUUGGAAGGAAAAUACUGGCAAAUCCAAGAAGUGAACCAGCCGACUUUAGGAAAGCCAGAAGCCAGGCUACUCUGGACCUUCUGCCUUCAGAGCAUGAGGACUUCUCCCACUCAUCCUUGUACCUGAGGCACACCAACCCAGACAGGUCCAGGCAUGGACUCCAGGUUCCCUAUAUUUCCAGAAGGAAUGCGAUUGGCUUUUUUUGGCCCAGCACCCACCCUGCCAGGGAGGAAGGGGCAAUUUUCCAAUGAUGAAACUGUGAAUCAGGCAGUCACACUGGACAACGUCUAGCGAGGUGAAUUCUGCAACUCCCUACUUUAUUUACAUUUUAAAAUAAGCAAUAUAUUCAUAUGGUUUAAAAUCCAAAGUUUACAAAAGGGUAUAGGGUGACAUCUCCUUCCCUCCCACCUGUGCGCCCCAACCCUGCAGGUGCUGUUCUGAGGGAAUCACACUGUGCUUGCACAAAAAUUAUCAGCUUAUAAGACACCUGCCUUCCCCUUGCUUUCCUCACUUGAUGUAUCUUGGAGCUUGUUCCUUAUUCUUGAUUAUAGUUGUAUGGUAUUGCACUAUCUGGAGCUAACACCUGUGACCCACACUCAUGUUUUAAAAGAGUUUCUGCAUUAGUCAAAAAUAUUUAAAAGAUUCAACUUCACAACCCAUAUGUCUAGCUUCUCUUGAAAACACGUAAGAACUGGCCAUGACAGUCUGUGUUUCUAUGUAACUAUGAGCCAGAGCCAAGGAGCGGGGGGACCAGGAGAGGUGUGCCCCUGCCAUGCUGCCAUUUGUUAUCACCCGCCUGUCAAAUCACAGGUUCAUUUCAAGGCAAGAACCAUGUUCAUAGGUUGUAUUCUAAAUGGAGCGGCGUGCCCUCACUGAAGGACUAGAUGAGGCAAAUAAAGACUAGUUGCUGCUA